AUGGCGUCGGCACGCGGAACCGGUGGUGCCGUGCCGGUCGUGAAUGACCGAGGCGAGGUCUCCAUGGCCAAAGUCAAGGUGCAACGUUACGUCGCUGGCAAAGCCCCCGAGUUUGCACAGGAUGGCUCAGAUGACGAGGACUUUACCACUCGCGCACCACUUCAAACCUCCCGCGAGCUUCGGGUUCAAGCCAACGUGGGACAGCGAUCAUCAGCGGCGGGCCGAGCCCGCGUGGCUGUCAUUGAGGAUGCCGCGAAUGACAGUGAUAGCGACGAUGAUAACGCUCGACGUCGGCGUAUUUUGGCUCAGCGCCGACGGGAACAAGGCGGAGAGGAGGCCGCCCCGCUUGUUUCCAAGGUAUCAGGACGUUCCGAGGUGACGCAGAGACCCGCACGUCGUGCCCAGCCAAUUGCCGAGAUUGUCGAGGAAGAUUCGGCAGAGUCUAGCGAUGAUGAAGAGGCUGCUGAGCGUCGGGCGCGCAUUCUAGCCCGCGCGCGAGCUAAGCAAGAACAACAAAGCGACGAGGCUGUAGCGGACGCUCAGUUGCCCGUGAGUGCGCCGGCGGGUCGAACCCCGGUGGCUGAGGUGGAAGAAUCAGGCUCGGAGAGCGAUAGCAGUGAGUAUGAAACAGGAACGGACUCGGAGGAGGAGGCUGGCCGACCCCUAUUCAAGCCCGUCUUUAUCAGCAAGCGCAACCGCCACACAAAGCGGGAGGAGGAGGAGCGCAUGCAGCGCGAAGCCGAAAGGCUGGAGCAACUGGCCGUUCAGAAGCAAGAAGCGGCGCUGGCCGCCAAGGAGGCGGUCGAAGAGCUUGUCAAGAGUGAGUUGCAGGCUGAAGCUGAUGCCACCAAGCUCAACUUUGUGGAUGACGACGACAAGGAAAAUGAUCAAGAGGCGUAUCUUGAGUGGAAGCUGCGCGAGCUAAAGCGUUUAAAGCGGGAUCGGGAGGAGCGUGAACAGGCCGACCGCGAGCGCAUGGAGAUUGAGCGGGUUCACGAAAUGACCGAGGAGGAGCGUGAGGCGUACUUCAAGGCUAACCCCAAGAUGAUCUCAAAUCUCAAGGAAAAGGGCAAGAUGAAGUUUUUACAAAAGUACUAUCAUCGCGGUGCCUUCUUCAUGGACGAAGAGCAUGAGGUUUUCAAGCGCGACACCAUGGAAGCUACGCUGGAAGAUCGUCACAACAAGGAGGCCUUGCCAGCUGUGAUGCAAGUUAAAAAAUUUGGCUUUGCAGGCCGCACCAAGUACACGCAUUUGGCAGAUCAGGAUACAACGGAUCGGUACGUUUUUGGGUGGCACACAGCUGUCUACACGUCAUGCUCGACGGGUUUCACCAAUAUGCUCUUUUUUUAA